AGGAUACAGCGUUUCUGCUCGCCUUAUAAGAGCUCCUUGUGCGGCGCCAUUUUAAGCCUCUCGGUCUGUGGCAGCCGCGUUAGCCCGGCCCUGGGAGCGGAGAGUGAGGGGAGGCGGAGACGGAGACUGUGGAAGGUCCAAAGAGCAGCUCCAGUCGCCGCCGAGCCGCCACCACAGGCCGAGGACGACUCGACUCCCACGGCGGGCGGAGCCUGUUCCCCUGAGGGUAUCUGAAGCAUACUAUCCAACGAUUUUGAAAAUCCUGUGUGGACAAUGGCUACCCAAGCUGAUUUGAUGGAGUUGGACAUGGCCAUGGAGCCAGACAGAAAAGCUGCUGUUAGUCACUGGCAGCAGCAGUCUUACCUGGACUCUGGAAUCCAUUCUGGUGCCACUACCACGGCUCCUUCUCUGAGUGGUAAAGGCAAUCCUGAGGAAGAGGAUGUGGAUACCACCCAAGUCCUGUACGAGUGGGAACAGGGGUUUUCUCAGUCCUUCACUCAAGAACAAGUAGCUGAUAUUGAUGGACAGUAUGCGAUGACUCGAGCUCAGAGGGUACGAGCUGCUAUGUUCCCAGAGACGUUAGAUGAGGGUAUGCAGAUCCCAUCUACGCAGUUUGAUGCCGCUCAUCCAACUAAUGUCCAGCGUUUGGCUGAACCAUCACAGAUGCUGAAACAUGCAGUUGUAAAUUUGAUUAACUAUCAAGAUGAUGCAGAACUUGCCACACGUGCAAUCCCUGAACUGACAAAAUUGCUAAAUGAUGAGGACCAGGUGGUGGUUAACAAGGCUGCAGUUAUGGUCCAUCAGCUUUCUAAAAAGGAAGCUUCCAGACACGCCAUCAUGCGUUCUCCUCAGAUGGUGUCUGCUAUUGUACGUACCAUGCAGAAUACAAACGAUGUGGAAACAGCUCGGUGUACUGCUGGGACGUUGCACAACCUUUCCCAUCACCGUGAGGGCUUGUUGGCCAUCUUUAAAUCUGGAGGCAUUCCUGCCCUGGUGAAGAUGCUUGGUUCACCAGUGGAUUCUGUAUUGUUUUAUGCCAUUACAACUCUCCACAACCUUUUAUUACAUCAAGAAGGAGCUAAAAUGGCAGUGCGUUUAGCUGGUGGGCUGCAGAAAAUGGUUGCCUUGCUCAACAAAACGAAUGUUAAGUUCUUGGCUAUUACAACAGACUGCCUUCAGAUUUUGGCUUAUGGCAAUCAAGAAAGCAAGCUGAUCAUUCUGGCUAGCGGUGGACCCCAAGCUUUAGUAAAUAUAAUGAGGACCUACACUUACGAGAAGCUACUGUGGACCACAAGCAGAGUAUUGAAGGUGCUGUCUGUCUGCUCUAGUAAUAAGCCGGCUAUUGUAGAAGCUGGUGGAAUGCAAGCUUUAGGACUUCACCUGACAGAUCCAAGUCAACGUCUUGUUCAGAACUGUCUUUGGACUCUUAGGAAUCUUUCAGAUGCUGCAACUAAACAGGAAGGAAUGGAAGGUCUUCUUGGGACUCUUGUUCAGCUUCUGGGUUCAGACGAUAUAAAUGUGGUCACUUGUGCAGCUGGAAUUCUUUCUAACCUCACUUGCAAUAAUUAUAAGAACAAGAUGAUGGUGUGCCAAGUGGGAGGUAUUGAGGCUCUUGUGCGUACUGUCCUUCGUGCUGGUGACAGAGAGGACAUCACUGAGCCUGCCAUCUGUGCUCUUCGUCAUCUGACCAGCCGACACCAGGAAGCAGAGAUGGCUCAGAAUGCUGUUCGUCUUCACUAUGGACUACCAGUUGUGGUUAAACUCCUACAUCCACCAUCCCAUUGGCCUCUGAUAAAGGCUACUGUUGGACUGAUUCGAAACCUUGCCCUUUGUCCAGCAAAUCACGCACCUUUGCGUGAGCAGGGUGCCAUUCCACGAUUAGUUCAGUUGCUGGUUCGAGCACAUCAGGACACCCAGCGCCGCACGUCCAUGGGUGGAACACAGCAGCAGUUUGUGGAGGGAGUCCGCAUGGAAGAAAUAGUUGAAGGUUGUACUGGAGCCCUUCACAUCCUGGCUCGGGAUGUUCACAACCGAAUUGUAAUCAGAGGACUAAAUACCAUUCCAUUGUUUGUGCAGCUGCUUUAUUCUCCCAUUGAAAAUAUCCAAAGAGUAGCUGCAGGGGUCCUCUGUGAACUAGCUCAGGACAAGGAGGCUGCAGAAGCUAUUGAAGCUGAGGGAGCCACAGCUCCUCUGACAGAAUUGCUUCACUCUAGGAAUGAAGGUGUGGCAACAUACGCAGCUGCUGUUUUGUUCCGAAUGUCUGAGGACAAGCCACAGGAUUACAAGAAACGGCUUUCAGUUGAGCUGACCAGUUCUCUCUUCAGAACGGAGCCGAUGGCUUGGAAUGAGACUGCUGACCUUGGACUUGAUAUUGGUGCCCAGGGAGAACCCCUUGGAUAUCGCCAGGAUGAUCCCAGCUACCGUUCUUUCCACUCUGGUGGAUACGGCCAGGAUGCCUUGGGUAUGGACCCCAUGAUGGAGCAUGAGAUGGGUGGCCACCACCCUGGUGCUGACUAUCCAGUUGAUGGGCUGCCAGAUCUGGGGCAUGCCCAGGACCUCAUGGAUGGGCUGCCUCCAGGCGACAGCAAUCAGCUGGCCUGGUUUGAUACUGACCUGUAAAUCCUCCUUUAGCUGUAUUGUCUGAACUUGCAUUGUGAUUGGCCUGUAGAGUUGCUGAGAGGGCUCGAGGGGUGGGCUGGUAUCUCAGAAAGUGCCUGACACACUAACCAAGCUGAGUUUCCUAUGGGAACAAUUGAAGUAAACUUUUUGUUCUGGUCCUUUUUGGUCGAGGAGUAACAAUACAAAUGGAUUUUGGGAGUGACUCAAGAAGUGAAGAAUGCACAAGAAUGGAUCACAGGAUGGAAUUUAUCAAACCCUAGCCUUGCUUGUUAAAAUUUUUUUUUUUAAAUAUCUGUAAUGGUACUGACUUUGCUUGCUUUGAAGUAGCUUUUUAAUUUUUUUUUUUUUUUUUGCA